CGACCGAAACGCAAAGACGUGUUGCAUUUUCACAUUGAGCGGAUAUUACAGUAUAUGCAAAUACACAGUCUUAAAGGAAUACUCAGAAACGCCUGCAGUUUUAUUAUUUUAAACGAUAUCUUGUUUUUAGCUACUUAUACUCAGAAACACCUAUUAACCUGUCAACCAGCCAAAAAAUAAUUUAUAUGGAAGAAAUAAAAAGCAAGAGAGCAGAUUCUAUAUGAUUUACUCUCCUGUGCAUCACGUACGAGGACGAAGAGAGGUCAUUUGGAAGCUCCAAACUAUUUAGAAGACCCUGCCAACCAGAAAGUCCUUUGUCCUAUCCAGAGUGAGCUAAUCUGUCCAGGAAAAACAGAUGUUUUAUGGCAGAACUGUGAGUUUCUGGUGAAUUAAAUGUGCCAUCUGGAAAGCCUCAUCCAGUCCUUGAAGAUGAACAUCUUCUGCCUGCAAAUGGAGAAGGACUUGAAUCCACAGAAAACAGCUUUUCUGAAGGAUCGACUGAAUAUAAUACAGGAGGAGCAUUCCAAAGACCUGAAGUUGUUGCAUCUUGAAGUGAUGAACUUGUGCCAGCAACUGAGAGAUGUAAAAGAGGGGGAGGACAAGGCUCAAGAUGAAGUGCAAAGAAUGACUGCUACUCUGGAAAUCGCCUCGGAGACAAAGAAGAAUGCAGCUAUGAUUGAAGAGGAGUUAAAGACUACCAAACAUAAAAUGAACCUUAAAAUUCAGGAGGUGCAAAUUUUGCAGCAAAACUGCCUGGCCUUACACAGUUCUAUACAGAACACUCAAGAACUACUGGCACAGGAGCAACAAAAAAAUGGAGAGUUGGAGACUGCUACCUCACAGCUCAAGACUGACCUGAUUUCUAGGGAUGACCUCAUUUCCAAGCUGCUUGAAGAAAACAAGGUGGAGCAGCAGGUGAUGACACAGAAGUUUCAGGAACAAAGCCCGCUGCUGGAUGCAGCCCGUGCCAGCAUCACAGGAGAGCUGCACACUGUUCAGAACAAGAAAACCCAGCUCCAGGCUCAUCUGAACCAUCUAACCCUUGAGCAUAACCAGUGUGUGCAGAAAGCCUGGGAUGCUGAAAAGAGGACAGCUGGGCAGAAGGAGCAUCUGGAAUCCACUAUCGCAAGACUUCGAGGUGAACUGGAAGCAUCGGUGCAAAAGAAGAAGUCCCUGCUGGAGGAGAACAAAAGAUUUCAGAGAGAGCAGCUUGCCCAGCAGAAGGUGGAGAAAGUCUUGGGAAAAAUUACUGAGAGCAAAAGCAAACUGGCUUAUGAAAAGGGAAAACUCCAGGUAAAGGUUAAACAGCUAGAAGAACAACUGCACUGUUUUGCUGAAACUAGUUUACAGAAUGACCAUCUGCAGAAGUUGAGUAAGACUCUUGAGGCCAAAUAUGCUCAGGUGAAAUCCAUUCUUGAGAAGAACAAGAAGGAGCUGUCCCAAGCAGUGAAGCACCGGGCCGCCGCCCUCCAGGAGAGCCAGAGGCUGAAAGGGGACCUGGAGGCCCUGGAGGACAGGGAGAGCAAGAAGGUGGGAAACUUUCAGCGCCAGCUGGCAGAGGCGAAAGAAGACAACUGCAAGGUUACAAUCAUGUUGGAAGACGUGCUGGCCUCUCACAGUAAGAUGCAAGGAGCUCUGGAGAAAGUGCAGAUAGAGCUGCGGCAAAGGGAUGCGGAGAUCGCAGGCCUCAAGAAAGAAAGGGCCCUCAACCUGCAGCGGGUGCAGAAGCUGGAAGCCGAGGUGGACCAGUGGCAGGCCAGAAUGCUUAUUGUGGACACCCAGCACAACAGCGAGAUGAAGCCUCUACAGAAAUCUCUAGAUGUAGCUAGAGAAGACAAUAGGAAAUUGGCCAUUAGCCUGGAGCAAGCUCUCCAGGCAAAUAAUCAUCUGCAAACCAAGCUGGAUCACAUUCAAGAAAAAUUGGAGAAGAAAGAACUUGAGUGGCAGAAUUUGGAAACCCUCAGAGAACGGAUGACAGAGGAAUGCAGAGUGGAGGCAGAGAUGCACGCCGAACGCAUAGAAGCUCUAAGGAAGCAGUUCCAGACUGAGAGGGAGACUGCAAAGAAAGUGGCACAGUGGGAGCUCGCUGAGCUGAAGAAAGCCCUUGACGAAGCCAACUUCAGGUCAGUGGAAGUGUCUCGGAGCAACCGAGAGCUUCGGCAGAAAGUCACUGAGCUGGAAAAGACGCUGAGUAGCAGCCAGGAGAAGGUAAAGAGUCAGAAGGCCCAGAUAAAGCUUCACCUGUCAGCCAAGACGAGCAACGCUCAGAACAUAGAGAGGAUGAAGCAAAUAGAAACAGAACUGAGGCAAAUGGAGCUGACCAAGGAUCAAUAUCAGAAAAAAAACAAUGAGCAGUCCCUGAGCAUCCAGAGGUUCGUGUUGGAAAUGAGCAACCUGCAGAAGGAGAUGCAGCUGCUGGCCAAGAGCCAGUACGAAACCUCAGCCCGGAACAGACAGCAGGAGCUGCAGCUGUCAGCCGAGCGCAAGAUGAGGCAGCAGCUGGAAGGCCGGUGCCAGGAGUUGGAAGAAGCUGUCAGACACCUGAAGAAAUGUAAGGAGGCAACAGAGAUUAAGCUGAAAGAAGCCAGUGCAGAGUCAGAGCAGAUCACCACUAACCUGGAGGAGGUGCACCGAUGGUUUAAGUGCAAGUUCGAUGGCCUCCAACUGGAGCUGAAAAACCGGCUGCAGCGGCGGCUUCCCCGGGAAGACAGGUGGCAGGAAGAGGAUGAAGACGCACAGCCCAACGUCCCGUCCACACAGUCUGUUCUGCACCACUGGGAGACUAAACAGAGCCUCGGGAGUGGGCCCAAGAAGCACCCGUCGGAGGUCGGGAGGAAGAAAUGUCCUUGACAGAGGAGCUGCCUAGUGGGAGGCUCCGCCUCCGGGACUCAGCCAGGCUACCAGGGCUGGCCUGUCCUGCAGCACAGGGACGGGAGUCUGGCUUAUCCUUUACAAACUCUUUUGUAUCUCCACAGGACCACUGUACCUUCUUUGUCCCUUUCCCUGUUUUCUACCCAAUAAAUUUAGUUUGUUGUAUGAUAGGAGAUGCCGUUGGACGAUACAUAGCUGCGUUUUACUGUGCCCGUGAGACGGCCAGCAGGUAAUCCUGAAAGUCCAGUGGCCUGUGCAGCGGUCAGUCUUCCUUGCCACUGCCUGCACUGAGACGCCUGGAGGUGACUGCAUCCGGGGUGCUGGGCUGCACCGGGGAUUAGGCCCCCCAGGCUCACCGCUGUCUGCAGGUGGGGCCUGGGGAGGAGGUGGCUCCCGCUGGUGAUCUUGCCCUGUGCUCCUGCCAUGAUGCUCCUGCCACAGAGCCACACGCAGAGGACUGUGGGAGACUCGGGGCAGGGCCCCAGACAGCUGGCGAAGCUCUUCUUCCUGCGUAGUGUGGUGGUUUCAUGGUCGUGUCUACUUUGAAAUUUGUCAUUGGCUCCUACACUUAGGAUUUGGGUCCUUUCCCUAAGGAUUUUGCACUUCCACAAAAAC